AUGGCCGAGUUCGUUUUCGAAGACAAGGACCUGACCGGGGUCAAGGGCCAGGUUGUCGUCCUCACAGGUGGUUCGUCCGGCAUUGGCCUUGCCACCGUAGACUUGCUCCUGUCGCUGGGAGCGUCGGUCGUCAACGGUGAUGUCCAGCCCGCGCCCAAGGAGAUCUCAGGUCCUUACACGUAUGUGAAGACGGAUGUCAGCUCCUGGUCCGAGGUUCUGGAGCUCUUCAAGAAGGCCAAGGAGACCUACGGCCGCAUCGACCAUGUCUUUGCCAACGCCGGCUUGGGACCGCGUGCAAACUACAUCUCGACUGAGGUGGACGAGAACGGCGAUCUGAAGCCGCCAACGUCGGCACUGCUGGACGUCAGCCUCAACGGCGUCAUCAACACGUCCACCAUCGGCAUCUUCUACCUGCGCCAGCAGCCCGAGGGCGGCAGUAUCACCAUCACGGGAUCCACGUGCGGCCUGCAGCGUCUGCGCGCCGUUGACUACUCCGUGGCUAAGCAUGCCGUCCUGGGCUUCGGCCGAGGCCUCUAUCCACUUUUGCACGCCGCCAACAUCCCCAUCCGCGUCAAUACGCUGGCGCCGAGUUGGGCCGAGAGCAACGUGCUGCCGAACUUGAAGGAGCUGAUGCAGGCUAUUGACGUCGAGCUCCAGCCGGCAUCCGCGGUGGCAAGGGGUGCCGUCCUGGUCAUGUCCGACGCCUCGCGCGACGGCCAGGUGAUCCAGAUCCAACGUGGCCGGUAUAAGGAGAUCGACGAGACCAUCCUGCUGCCUGCAUACGAUACUGCCAGGGGUGACUACCCCAGCGAGGAGGAGGUCCUGCGACGCGCAGCCGCACUGGAGGCUGCAUAG